AUGGCGACGACCUCAAACAUGUUCCUGUACUCGCUGACCCUUCAGCCGCCUACCAAUGUCACCCAGGCGGUGUUGGGUCAGUUCUCAGGAACGAAAGAGCAGAACAUUGUGACGGCUUCGGGAUCUCGGUUGACAUUGCUUCGUCCGGACCCGUCACAGGGCAAAGUCAUUACCUUGCUCUCUCACGACAUCUUUGGAAUCAUCCGUUCCAUGGCCGCAUUCCGUUUGGCUGGAAGCAACAAAGACUACCUCAUUCUCGCGACUGACUCUGGAAGGAUCACCAUCAUCGAGUACAUUCCUGCACAGAAUCGAUUCCAACGUCUGCAUCUGGAGACUUUUGGCAAGUCUGGAGUGCGACGAGUCAUACCUGGGGAAUAUUUGGCCUGCGAUCCUAAGGGUAGAGCGUGUCUGAUUGCCUCGGUCGAGAAGAAUAAGCUUGUCUACGUUCUCAAUCGUAACUCGCAGGCAGAGCUCACAAUCUCGUCGCCUCUUGAAGCACACAAGCCUGGCGUUCUCGUGUUGUCCAUGGUUGCCCUGGAUGUUGGUUACGCGAAUCCGGUCUUUGCCGCGCUCGAGAUUGAGUACACAGAAGCAGACCAAGAUCCCACGGGAGAGGCGGCUCGUGAAGCAGAGACACAACUUGUUUACUACGAGCUGGACCUUGGGUUGAACCAUGUCGUCAGGAAAUGGUCUGAACCAGUCGACCCCACGGCUUCCCUGCUCUUCCAAGUGCCGGGUGGUCAGGAUGGCCCUAGUGGAGUCUUGGUCUGUGGCGAGGAAAACAUCACGUACAGGCAUUCCAACCAAGAAGCCUUCCGUGUACCGAUCCCGCGUAGGCGCGGUGCGACGGAAGACCCGUCGAGGAAGCGUCACGUCGUUUCCGGUGUGAUGCACAAGCUCAAAGGCAGUGCCGGCGCCUUCUUUUUCCUCCUGCAGACCGAAGACGGAGACCUCUUCAAGGCUACCAUCGACAUGGUCGAGGACGCUGAUGGUAAUCCCACUGGCGAGGUUAAGAGGCUCAAGAUCAAAUACUUCGACACCAUUCCAGUCUCAUCCAGCUUGUGUAUUCUCAAGAGCGGUUUCUUGUACGCCGCAAGUCAGUUCGGCAACCAUCAGUUCUACCAGUUCGAGAAGCUUGGAGAUGACGAUGAGGAACUCGAAUUCUCAAGCGACGACUUUCCCACAGACCCCAAGGCUGGAUACGACGCUGUGUAUUUUCACCCAAGACCUUUGGAGAACCUUGCCCUCGUUGAGAGUAUCGACUCGAUGAACCCUUUACUUGACUGCAAGGUGGCAAAUUUGACUGGCGAGGAUGCUCCACAAAUUUACACAGCCUGCGGCAACGGUGCUCGCAGUACAUUCAGGAUGCUAAAGCAUGGAUUGGAAGUCAAUGAAAUCGUGGCUUCAGAGCUACCCGGCAUUCCCUCAGCUGUGUGGACGUUGAAGUUGAACCGCGGCGACCAAUACGAUGCUUACAUUGUUCUGUCUUUCACCAACGGAACACUUGUUCUUAGCAUCGGUGAAACUGUUGAAGAAGUCAGUGACUCUGGCUUCCUAACAUCUGUGCCCACGUUGGCGGCACAGCUGCUCGGUGAGGAUGGUCUCAUCCAGGUUCACCCCAAGGGCAUUCGCCACAUUCGCCAUGGCCAAGUCAACGAGUGGGCAGCGCCGCAGCAUCGGUCCAUUGUCGCAGCUACCACAAACGAGCAUCAGGUUGCGGUGGCCCUGAGCUCGGGUGAGAUCGUCUAUUUCGAGAUGGACGGCGAUGGAUCUUUGGCCGAGUACGACGAGAAAAAAGAAAUGUUCGGUACCGUUACUUGUCUGAGCUUGGGCGAAGUUCCGGAAGGACGCCUUCGAAGCUCAUUCUUGGCUGUCGGCUGCGAUGAUAGCACCGUGCGUGUUUUAUCGCUGGACCCGGAGUCGACGCUCGAGAGCAAGUCGGUGCAAGCUUUGACUGCACCUCCCUCGUCUUUGGCAAUCAUUGCCAUGGAUGACUCCUCGUCUGGGGGAUCAACCCUUUAUCUUCACAUCGGCCUUCACUCUGGUGUCUACCUUCGUACAGUUUUGGACGAGAUCACUGGAGAGCUGACGGACACAAGACAAAAGUUCCUUGGCCCCAAGCCGGUGCGGUUAUUCCAGGUCACUGUUCAAGGGCGGACUUGCGUCAUAGGGUUGAGCUCACGUCCAUGGCUUGGAUACUCUGACCCUAUCACUCGUGGCUUCGUAGUUACGCCCUUGAACUACGUUGACCUUGAAUGGGUCUGGAACUUCAGCAGUGAGCAGUGCGAAGAAGGUGUUGUCGGCAUCCAAGGCCAAUCGUUGAGAAUUUUUGCAAUUGAGAAUCUCGGGGACACUAUUACACAAAAGUCGAUACCCCUUAGCUACACUCCGAGACGCCUUCUCAAGCACCCAGAGUACCCCAUGUUUUACACUAUCGAGGCAGAUAACAACACGCUGCCUCCUGAUCUUCGAGCCAAACUCAUCGCGGAACCGGGUGUUGUAAAUGGCGACGCCCGGAUCCUCCCACCUGAUGAGUUUGGAUACCCUAAGGGCAAGGGCCGAUGGGCUUCAUGCAUCAGUGUCAUCGACCCUUUAUCCGAGGAGCAACGGGUCUUACAGACUGUUGACCUCGAUAACAACGAAGCAGCCGUAAGUGCUGCGAUCGUGUCUUUCGCUAGCCAGGACAACGAAAGUUUCCUCAUUGUCGGCACAGGCAAGGAUAUGGUUGUCAACCCCCGCCAGUUCUCUGAAGGCUACAUUCAUGUCUACCGUUUCGGCGAGGAUGGCCACGAACUGGAGUUCAUUCAUAAAACCAAGGUCGAGGAACCCCCUUCGGCGCUCCUCGGCUUCCAAGGAAGGCUACUUGCCGGAAUCGGCAAGACCUUGAGGAUAUAUGACCUGGGUCUGAGACAGAUGCUUAGAAAGGCUCAAGCCGAUGUGGCUCCGCAGUUGAUUGUGUCACUGAGCACACAAGGAAGUCGUAUAGUUGUCGGCGACGUCCAGCACGGCAUCACCUACGUCGUCUACAAGCCUACCACCAACAAGCUUAUCCCCUUCGUCGAUGAUACCGUCUCCCGAUGGGUCACCUGCACUACUAUGGUCGACUACGAAUCAGUUGCUGGAGGCGACAAGUUUGGCAACAUGUUUCUUGUCCGCUGCCCAGAGAAGGCAAGUCAAGAAGCCGAUGAAGAAUCUGGCGGUUUGCACCUUCUCAACACGAGGGACUACCUCCAUGGCACCCCCCACCGCCUCAACCUCCUCGGCCACUCAUACACCCAAGACGUUCCCACCAGCAUCACCAAGGCGAGUCUGGUUGUCGGUGGCCAGGACGUGCUUCUAUGGAGCGGUAUCAACGGCACCAUUGGCGUCUUCAUCCCUUUCGUCACGCGUGAGGACGUCGACUUCUUCCAGAACCUCGAGCAGCAUAUGCGAACCGAGGAUGCGCCGCUUGCCGGCAGGGACCACCUUAUGUACCGUGGCUACUACGUUCCCGUCAAGGGCGUCAUCGACGGCGACCUGUGCGAGAGGUACACUCUCUUGCCCAGCGACAAGAAGCAGAUGAUCGCCGGCGAGCUAGAUCGCUCAGUGCGAGAGAUUGAAAGGAAAAUCUCAGACAUUCGUACUCGGUCCGCCUUUUAA